GGCGGCCAAUGGGCAGGUGCCGGGGCGCCGCGAGGAGGCCGGGCGCGCGGGGCAUGACGGCGCCGGGCCGGGCCGCGCCGGGCGGGCAGCGCGGGGCCGCCGCGCAGCGCCAAGCCAAUGCAUGAAAAGGCAGCUCCCCUGAAGAGCCCUGAGCCUAUGCACGGCCGUGACAAGCUGGAGGCAGCUCACAAGGAGAAGAGUUUGGAUUCCCUCGAUGGCAGCCUCCACCUGAAUGAAGCCCUGAAGGAUGAAGACAUCAAGAAAUGCCACCGGGAAGUGGCCGCCAGCAAGUACAACUCGCAGUACCACAAGCUGUUCAAGGACAUCCCGACGGAGGAGAGCGUGCUGAAAGUUUGCUCCUGCGCGCUGCAGAGGGACAUCCUCAUCCAGGGAAGGCUGUACAUCUCCCCCAACUGGCUCUGCUUCUACGCAAACCUCUUCGGGAAGGACAUCAAGGUUGUGAUCCCCGUGGUCUCCGUUCAGCUCAUCAAAAAGCACAAGACAGCCCGGCUGCUGCCGAACGGGCUGGCUAUCACCACCAACGCCAGCAGAAAGUACAUUUUUGUGUCCCUGAUCUCCCGGGACAGCGUGUACGACGUGCUGAGGAGAGUCUGCACACACCUGCAGGUUUCGAGUAAGAAGAGUUUGAGCUUGAAAGAGUUUACGGAGGAACCCGAUGCAGUGUCGCUGGAGGUGAUCGUCCCCGAGGGGAAGUGGAGGAAGGUGUCGCCCGCGUCGCUCUCGCUGGCUCUCCCGGACUCGGACUACCAGUGCAUCCACCGGACGUCCGUCAGCAACCUCAGCGCCAAGGAGAGCUCGUUCACCUCGGAGGAGCCCUUGGUCUCAGAAAGUGCAAUAAACACGGAGGAGGAGCUGGAGGGGGAGCAGAGCUGCGUGGCGGAGCUGAGACCCUCCGACUACCAACUCCUGAAGAUCUUCAUCGUGCUCAUCUGCCUCCUGGUUGUGUCAUCUUCGUACCUGGCGUUUCGCAUCUUCCGUCUGGAGCAGCAGCUCUGCUCGCUGAAUCGGGACUACCUCUCCCGCGGGCACAGGAGGUGACUGUUGCCCCCAAGCUCUGGCUCAGGACAGGCGAUGACAAGAGAGUAGCACUUUGCAUACAGAUCUCCCACCCGGGCUCCCGGCAAACGUGGCUGCAGUAUUUAGAGCGUCCGAACUGAGGAGUCGGGGCUCUUCUCUCCGUUCAGCCUCAGCAGAGCCCUGCGUCCUCCCGGCUGCGGGACCCGGCUGCGUCACGUCACGAGCUCUGCACCGCCUCCGAGCUGUGCCUCCACGUUCGCAUCCUUGCAGCGUCCCGCGCUGCUCUGGAGGGAGGCAAGCGCUGCAUCUUCCGGUCAGGAACCCCAGGCUUGACUGUUGCACGUGGCCCGUCUUCUCCUCGGCCGGUAUAACUGGGACCAAAUACCGUCUGUUCUCCUACCGUCGCAGACUCCCGCUUCGAGCAGGACUGCCCCUCUGGGUCACAGCCACCGGUGCCAACUCCCCGUGCCAUCGGAAAGCCAUCAUCAUCCCAGGGCGCCGACGCUGUAGCACUGGACGAUGGCCCAGUGGGCAGCUGCCCUGGCUGGAGGAAGCGGCUGGGCCUGCCCAUAGGACUUGCUGCUAAAACGGUCACUGUUUUUUAUCCCGAACUUGAGUUUCCUUGUUAAAAGUUGACCUUAGACUUACUGUAAGCGCCUGUAACCAAGUGGAUGAGCUCCCGGUUGCAAAGGAUGCAGGCGGCUCCCCGGCCGUGUUCCCGUGCUGACGUUGUUCCCAUCAGGACCAGUUCCUCCCACGCUGCGAGCUGGUCGGUUCCCCUCCGGCACGGGGCGCGUGCCCCGUCUCGGGGAGGUGCUGCCACGUCGGAUGUCAGUGUUAGAGCCCGGGAAGCGCCUCCAGCCCAGAGACGGCACCUCCGGGGAGGUGCAGGGUUUGGGCAGCCCCAGGGUUGGUACAGCUGAGCCUGGGCUUGAGCUGGCUCGUUUGUCCCUCAGCCCCUUGCAGCUCGGGAGAGGGGGGACGCAGGGAGGGGGCACCGCUGCCGCAGCCCUCGGCAUGGGGGGUGUGAGCAGGGAGCGCGGCGCCCCGCGAGAGCCACAGCUCUCCCUCCCCGAGCGCGGGCCUGGACGCGAUCCGCCUGGCUCCCGGAGGGGGAUCUGCGGCGACGGAGAGCAGGGUGACAGGGGCGGCCGGCCCCGCAGUGCGGCGGGGAGGGUGCGUGGGGGGGACACGGCCCUGCUACCCCAGGCAGAGCCAGGACGCGGGAGAGGCCGAGCGUGCGAACGUGCCCGAGGCUGCUUGCUCUCGGCUCAUGUUUAGUGUGUGCCGAUGGUCCCCCCUCCUGCCCCGCGUGCCGCGGAGGUGGGGGCAGGAUCCAGGGGCGCUGGGGGCUCUGCAGCAGCCCCCCAGCUCUUCUGCACUGCUUUUCCCUGGAGCCAAGGGGGGUCUCGGGGCGCCUGCACGCUUGUCCUCUCGCAAAGCACUUUAGGAUCCUCCAGAACAAGCGUCCUCGCUGGGGACCGCACCGGGGACUGGGUGGUCACGUGGGACCAAGGCUUCGUUAGCCGUGCUGCGCCUCGUUAGGCAUCCUGAGAGAAGCCUGCGACAAGCGGUGGUCUGCGGCUGCAGGCCUGACUGCUGCCGGUUGACUUCUCAGGUGUGUGUCUGGGAUUGUGACGUGUCUGUGCCGAUUUGUGUAUUAAUUAUCGCCGUCAGGUUGUAAGCGCUGCUCAAACUGCGUUCCUGGGCGGCGGGGACCCCCCGCCCUGUCCCACGUCCCGCUGCGGAGGUGCAGCGCGGGGCCGGGUGCCUCUUGUUGUGUUCGUGUUGAGGACGGCUCUGUUUGUAGGAGCACAGCCCUUGCUGUGGGCGUGGAUUAGGCCCUUGUUGAUGCAGCGGGAUGCCCCUGCUCCCGGGGGUGAGGUCCUGGGGACCCCAGGCCGGGCUUGCUCGAGCUGGGGGAGCGCGGCCCGGCGUGGCCCAUGGGGUGCCUGGUGUUUGGGAGAGCGCGGGGCCCCUGGGCACGCCGCGGGGCGGUGGAGGGGCUGGGGAGCAAAAUUUGGGAUGGGGGAAACGGUGCCGAAAGCAGCCCUGCGGCCGGAGUGUGUGAUGGAGGAGUGAGCAACGUGCAUCCCUUGGCCACCGCCGCAAAUCCCUUUUUCUUAGGGGAACGUGGCUCCGCAAGCUGCCGUUGCGGGGAGGGAGAGGCUCGCUGGUCCCUGGUGCUGGGCCGGAGGCUGCUGGGGCAGCGCCCCCCCCCAUGCCCAAAGGGACCUCGGGGCCGCAGGAGCCUGUGUUUUGGGGGGUGGGCUGCAGUGCAGAAGUGAAAACCAUCUCCGUGGCCGGCGUCCAGCCGCUUCGCGCCCUUCGAGGGGGAAGGAUGAGGCUUUCCCAGCUCGAACACAGCCUGGCUCCCAUCGCUGCUCAACCCACGGUGAAAUGGCGGCAGUUAUUUGACAACCCUCCUCCUCCUCCGCCACCGCCGCCCCCACGUGUGGCUGCUCGGGGUCCCACGAGCCCCCCGGGGCCAUCGCUGCCCUCCCAGCCCUUCCCCUCCGCUCGGGCGCCUCCAGCCUCGCGGGGAGCCCGCGGUGCUGGCCUGGCCGGGAGGUGCUCGCUGCCUCGCUCCGGGCCGCGGACGUGUUCUCAAUAAAGCCACCGUUUUCUAGCA